AUGUCGCUGGGUGCGCCAGAGGUUGCUCCGGUCUUGUCGACUCCGGAUACCCAUGUCUUCGAGGAUCCUACCCCCGCCGUCGACCCUUCUCUAGUGCGAAACUUCUCGGACGAGCAACUAUACCUUACCUACGAGAUCAGGAGGACCGUCGAUGAAAUCCGCCAUGGCAGAUACAAGAGGAUCGCUCUCCAGUUUCCUGACCACAUGUUGACACAUGCUCCGAGAGUCUUCGAAGCGUUGCAGAAGGAACUCCGAGUUCAAGAGAAGGAUCAAGACGUGACUGAAGCCCUGGACAAAGUCUCGCUGGACGACGACCGGGAGAGACUAUGUAUCCUCGGUGACAGCUCAUAUGGUGCCUGCUGUGUCGACGAGGUUGCUGCUGAGCACGUCUUGGCCGACGUCGUCGUACAUUACGGCCGCACCUGUCUUUCCCCUACCCAGAGAUUACCUGUCAUUUACGUCUUCACCUUCCGUCCUCUGGACUUGGACACCGUCGUCGCAAGCUUCCAGAAGACCUACCCGGACAGGGACCAUAGAGUAGUCUUGAUGGCAGACAUUCCUUACUCUGAACACGUUCAACCUCUGCAAUCCGCUCUCGACAAACUCGGUUACACCAAUCUGUUCUCCACCUCCAUCCUCCACAACCCCUCGUCUUUACUACCCAACCGUACUGUUCCUGCUGGAGCAGAGGAAGAUGCCGCCGUCCUUCGCGACUACUCGCUCUUCCACAUUUCCGAACCUCCGACCUCUCUUCUUCUCAACCUCACCUCUCGUGUGGCUUCCAUCGACAUUUACCCCACCGUCUUCGAAGGUACUGAAGCUCCCGAAACUAUGUCGGCCUCCACUGCUCAGAUCCUUCGUCGCCGUUAUGCUCUCGUCACAAAUCUCAGCACCGUCUCCGUCUUUGGUAUUCUGAUCAACACUCUUUCCGUCAAGAACUACAUGGGCGCUCUAGCGCACGUUCAGGACCUCAUCACCCGCGCCGGCAAGAAGUAUUACACCUUUGUCGUUGGCAAGGUCAACGCUGCCAAGGUUGCCAACUUCUCUGAAGUUGAUGGUUGGGUCAUCAUUGGCUGCUGGGAAAGCAGUCUGAUCGAGAGCAAGGACUUCUGGAAACCCAUCAUCACACCCUUCGAACUUGGCCUAGCACUUACGGAUGAACGGGACCGCAUCUGGACCGGGGAGUGGAACAGCGACUUCCAGUCCCUGCUCGGCAAGAAGAUUACUGUCAGGGGUGAAGCAUCGCAUGAAGACGAUUCAGACGACCAGGACAAUCAAGACGUUGCAGAUGAGUCAGACUCGGAGUCAGAAGCCCCAGUCUUCGAUCUUCGCACUGGACGUUAUGUCUCCCAGAGCAGACCCAUGGCUCGACCUUCUGCUUCCGCCUCGAAGAAGACCGCCGCCACCAGUCUCAUCAAGCGUGCCAAUGGCGAUCUCGCUCAGAUCGGUGGCGAAGUCUCUCCUGCUGCCGAGUUCCUGCGCAGUAAGCGUACAUGGCAGGGUCUGGGCACCGAUUACGAAAUCGCUUAUGAUUACGAUGAAGACGGCAAGAUCAAGGGCGCAGCUAUGGAAGAAGGCCGCGGUGGUGUUGCUCGAGGAUAUGUCGUUGGUGACUCGGAGCGCUCUUGA